CAUUCUCAGGAUGGUAGAGGUGUGUGUGUGUGCGGCGGAGGACAGUGACAACAUAGAGACCCAACGCCAGCAGCAGCAGCAGGCAUGGAGGAGGGGGCCACUCCCGACCCAGAGUUUGUGGACGUGGACCAGGGCAUGACGCUGGCCUGUGUGGCCUUCCUCUGUCUUCUCCUGGUGGCCAUGAUCAUCCGCUGUGCCCGGGUCAUCAUGGACCCCUACAGCGCUAUACCCACCUCCACCUGGGAAGAGCAGCACCUGGAUGACUAGCGUGGAACAAGCUGUGCUGUUACACAUAUAGCCACACCUGUGAGGGUGCAGACGCACAGGCACGUAGGGACAUGCACAUGAACGCAAGUGUGGGUAAACACACACAUGCACAAAAGAAAGGAGAGGAGAAGAGAGGAGAGCUUGACCAGAGAGGAGAGGAGAAGAGAGGAGAAGAGA